AUGUAUGUGUUGUAUUUGAUUUCAGCAUCUACAUCAACCAGUUCAACUGCUUUGCAAUCAGAAAUUCAGUUGACUUCAUUUUCUGUAGAGGAAAAUAAUACUGUAGAGGGAAAUAAUGAAAAUUUAGAAAUCACUUAUAGAGAAGGCACUAAACCCAUUAACGCUGCCAGGAAUAAAUUUGUGAAACUAAAUGCACAAUUAAAGGUCAAACUUUUAAAGUUGAGGGAAAAAUGCAAGAAUCUUAACCAAAAAGUUCGACAAGCUGCAAAAAUAUCUGAAAGUAAAGCCUUUUUAAAAGCUGUUGAAAAAUUGCCCGAACCUGCUGCCAUUUUUACCAAUAUGCAACUAAAAAAGGCAUAUAUCACACCAAGAGGCCGAAGAUUUACAAACCAAGAAAAAAUUUUGUGCCUGACAAUAUAUAAGCAAAGUCAAAAGGGCUAUAAAUUAUUACAAAGAUUGUUUGCAUUGCCUUCAAUACGGACAAUCCAGAAAAUCCUGAGCAAAGUAACCAUUAAGCCUGGAAUAAAUGAUGUUGUUAUGGAACAUCUGAAAAAAGCUGUAAAAAAAUUACCUUUAGAAAAAAAAUUAUGCACACUCAUAUUUGAUGAAGUGGCAUUAAGGCCCGGGUUAUACUACAACACAACUGAUGAUGAAAUUAUUGGUUUUGAGGAUUUUGGCCCUCAGAAAACCGAAAAGAUUGCUGACCAUGCACUCGUGUUUAUGAUUAAGAGUCUGAAAGGCAAAUACAAGCAGCCCAUUGCUUUUACAUUUUGCCAGAGUGCUACUAAAAGUACACAAUUAAAGAAACUUAUUCAAGAUAUACUAAAAGCUGUACAAAGCACCGGCUUAAAGGUCAUUGCCACUGUGUGUGAUCAAUCUUCCACAAAUAUGAGUGUCAUAAAAAGCCUAAUAAAUGACACGAAAAGGAAAUAUUUAUUGGAAGGCAAGGAGUUCAAAAGUUUAUCCUUUGAAUAUAAUGGAAGUAAAAUAUUCCCAGUAUUUGACCCACCACACCUCCUUAAAGGAUUAAGAAAUAAUCUUCUCACAAAAAAUUUGAGAUUCAUUCAGAAUGGUGUCGUUAAAUUUGCUAAAUGGGAGCAUUUGCAAAUGCUGCUGGAUGCUGAUCCUGGAGAAGACGACAUUAGACUAGUAAAUAAAUUGACCGAGAGUCAUGUUGUUCCAGAAAAAAUACCCAAAAUGAAAGUAAAACAUGCAGCCCAAGUGUUCAGUCAGAGGGUAUCCGCUACAAUGAGAUAUUUAGCAAAUCAUGACAUCCUUCCUAAGGAAUGCAUUUGCACAGCAGAUUUAUUGUUAUUGGUAGACAAGCUGUUCGACUCUUUCAAUGGAUUCAGUUAUGAAAGUAGUCAUAAAACAUACAAGUGCGCACUAAGGAGAAACUCGGCCCAUUUCAAGUUAUGGGAAGAAUUACUACCAAUCAUCAGGUCAAUGCAAUUUAGAAUGGAAAAAAAAUUAAGAGAUGGCACAACUUCGAUAAAAUUUGAACAAGUGCCAUCAAUACAAAAUUGGAUUUCUAACAUCAAUGUUUUUAAAGAAAUGUUUUCAUAUCUAAACAAUAUACACAAUAUAACUAGUCUGUUGACAAGAAACAUAAACCAGGAUCCAUUAGAAAAUUUCUUCUGCAAUAUACGAAGUAACGGGGUUCGUAACACUUCACCAACUUGCUCACAGUUUACUAGUGCUUUUAAAACAUUGCUCAUAAAUAAUUUAACCUCAUCACACUCGAUUGGGGCGAACUGCGAGCAAGAUGAUAAUAAAGCAUUAAAACCAUUAAAAAGUUUACUGAAUUAUACUGAGAAGAAAUCAUUAGAACAACCUUCAGAUAAUGUUAACGUGGAUUCCGUAAUAACCCGCUUUAUGCAAACCUCAGAUAUAGAAUAUAAUAAUGCGACAAGUAAAGAGGCUAAGAGAUAUGUUGCUGGCUAUAUUAUAAAAAAAAUAUUCCAAAAAAUAAGUAAAAAAUGCCACACUUGUCGUAUGCAUUUAGUAAGCACAAUGCCUCCGAGUAAUAAAGAUUAUAUAUUAGAAAGAGAUUAUACCAGAAGAUCACUUAAUUAUCCAUCGGAGGCAUUAUGCGAGUUUCUAGAUGAGGUAUAUUUUGUAAUUUUUCGCAGUUCUCUUGUGUAA